UUCGAGUUUCUCAAAGUGUUAGGAAAAGGAACUUUCGGUAAAGUGCUUUUGAGUCGAGAACAUCGAACGAGGCGGUUGUAUGCUGUAAAAAUAUUGAAAAAGGAAGUUAUUGUUCAAAAGGUAAAAAUUUUGAUGUACAGUUUUCAAACACCAUUGUAUCUAUGUUUUGUCAUGGAAUUUGCGAAUGGAGGUGAGAUAUUUUUUCACCUUCAACAGAAUCGGAUAUUCAGCGAAGAGAGGUCGAUGUUUUAUGGUGCAGAAAUUGUACUUGCAUUGGGAUAUCUGCAUGAAGAAUGCAUUGUAUAUAGAGACAUGAAGUUGGAAAAUUUGUUACUGGACAAAGAUGGACACAUUAAAAUUGCUGAUUUUGGUUUGUGCAAAGAAGAUAUUUCUUAUGGUGACAGGACCCGAACGUUUUGUGGUACACCUGAAUAUCUUGCGCCGGAGGUGUUAGAAGAUAACGAUUAUGGACGUUCAGUAGAUUGGUGGGGUGUUGGUGUUGUGAUGUAUGAAAUGCUUUCCGGAAGAUUGCCUUUUUAUUCAAAAGAUCAUGAAAAAUUGUUCGAAUUGAUACUUACUGGAUCAAUAAAGUUUCCAUCAAAAUUAAGUAUUGAAGCACGUCAUUUAGUGGGUUCUUUACUUGUGAAAAAUCCGAAUGAAAGACUUGGAGGGGGUCCAGAUGAUGCGAAGGAUGUAAUGGCUCAUCCUUUUUUUGCUUCUGUUGAUUGGGAAAAACUUUAUCGUAAAGAAAUACCUCCACCAUUUAAGCCAGAUGUGACAUCUGAUACGGAUACAAGUUAUUUCGAUAAGGUUUUUUUUCUGAUAUUCCGAUUUUUGACAGUUUUCGCCUUACUUUAUUUCUCUUUAAACUCUCUUUCUGAUUGUUGA